UAUCCCACCGGAUGAUUUUAAUCUUGCUUUGCUAUCGGUUGAGUUGGAAUUUGUUAAAAAGGGUACUAAAAGUGAACAAGUUGAUGCUGUUCUUUUGGCUAAUCAACUCAGAAAGAGAUUUGGUAACCAGGUUAUGACGGCAGGGCAGAAAGUUAUAUUCGAAUAUCAUGGAAAUAAUUACAUUUUUACAGUAAAUCAAGCAGUUAUAGAAGGUCAAGAAAAAUCCAAUGCUGUUGAAAGAGGGAUGAUAUCCAAUGACACUUACAUUGUCUUUGAAGCAUCUAAUGCCAGUGGAAUUAAGAUUGUCAACCAACGAGAGGCUGCCAGUAGCAACAUCUUCAGGCAUAAGGAGUUUAAUCUUCAGUCACUGGGUAUAGGUGGCCUAAGUGCAGAAUUUGCUGAUAUCUUUCGAAGAGCAUUUGCUUCUAGGGUUUUUCCUCCUCAUGUGACUAGCAAACUGGGUAUUAAGCAUGUAAAGGGUAUGCUGCUUUAUGGGCCUCCCGGUACUGGGAAAACUCUUAUGGCUCGCCAAAUUGGAAAAAUGUUGAAUGGAAUGGAGCCAAAGAUUGUAAAUGGUCCUGAAGUCCUAAGCAAAUUUGUUGGUGAAACUGAAAAGAAUAUUAGGGAUCUUUUUGCUGAUGCUGAGAAUGAUCAAAGGUCUCGUGGGGACCAAAGUGAUUUGCAUGUCAUAAUAUUUGAUGAAAUUGAUGCUAUUUGUAAGUCAAGAGGAUCAACUAGAGAUGGUACAGGAGUUCAUGAUAGCAUUGUCAAUCAGCUACUUACCAAGAUAGAUGGUGUGGAGUCUCUAAAUAAUGUUUUGCUUAUUGGAAUGACCAACAGAAAGGAUAUGCUGGAUGAAGCACUCUUGAGGCCUGGUCGGUUGGAGGUUCAAAUUGAGAUCAGCCUUCCAGAUGAAAAUGGCCGCCUGCAGAUUCUUCAAAUUCAUACGAACAAGAUGAAAGAGAAUUCAUUUCUUUCUCCUGAUGUGAACCUUCAAGAACUUGCUGCUCGUACAAAAAACUUCAGUGGUGCAGAGCUUGAAGGUGUUGUGAAAAGUGCUGUAUCCUAUGCUUUGAAUAGACAAAUUAGUAUGGAUGACCUUACCAAGCCAGUGGACGAAGAGAGUAUCAAAGUUACCAUGGAUGACUUUCUUAAUGCACUUCAUGAAAUUGUUCCUGCAUUUGGGGCCUCCACUGAUGACCUUGAGCGCUGUAGACUUAAUGGCAUGGUGGACUGUGGUAAUCGCCAUAAGCACAUCUAUCAAAGGGCUAUACUACUAGUGGAACAAGUUAAAGUGAGCAAAGGAAGUCCUCUCGUUACUUGUCUUUUGGAAGGCCCAAGUGGCAGUGGUAAAUCUGCUUUGGCAGCUACUGUUGGCAUUGAUAGCGAUUUUCCAUAUGUGAAGAUAAUCUCAGCUGAAUCAAUGAUUGGUCUUCAUGAGAGCACCAAAUGUGCACAGAUUGUCAAGGUUUUUGAGGAUGCAUACAAGUCACCCUUGAGUAUUAUUAUCCUUGAUGACAUUGAAAGGUUACUGGAGUAUGUUGCAAUUGGACCUCGUUUUUCAAAUAUAAUUUCUCAAACGCUGUUGGUCCUCCUCAAACGGCUUCCACCAAAGGGUAAAAAGCUUUUGGUGAUAGGGACAACAAGUGAAGUGAGCUUCUUAGAUUCAGUUGGCCUUUGUGACGCUUUCUCUGUCACUUACAAUGUCCCUACUUUGAAGACAGAUGAUGCAAAGAAGGUGUUAAAACAACUCAACGUUUUUGCUCAAGAAGAUAUUGAUACAGCUGCAGAGGCCCUGAAUGAUAUACCUAUCAAGAAGCUGUAUAUGGUGAUUGAGAUGGCCGCUCAAGGAGAGCACGGCGGAUCCGCGGAGGCAAUCUUCUCUGGCAAAGAAAAGAUUAAGAUCUCACACUUCUACGAUUGCCUUCAGGAUAUGGUUCGAUACUAGUUUCAACACUUACUUUCAAUCUUAAUUUUCCGAGUUAACUCAAAAAAAAUACUGCAAUGGGUGCUUCACCGUGUCUAGUUUGGAACUAGAUCUGAUGUUGCAUAUCAAAAGGGUUAAUUGGUCUUCAAUUCCUUGUUGCUUGCUUUGAUCUAUCUUUUUAUAUUCAUUUUUAUUGUUUUGGGUCGUGUUUGAUUUCCUCUAGCUUAAUUUUGGAAUCCAGGCCUGUAAAUUUUACAAAUUACAAACCUUUUUUGGAGAAUUAUGUAAUAGAGAAUAGAAGAAACUUUUGUGGUCAUAUCUUGAGAAAUUAUUUUUCAUUCUUA